GUCACACUACGUUAGAUAUUAACCCAGAUUCAUCCGAUUAUCCUUAGGCUUUCACACAUUUUUCGUAUUUAAAACCUUGGUUUGAAGUGUAAUACAAACUAGGACCCCCUAGAGUUAUUUAUGUUCUUAAAGAAUACCCAAAACAUUGCUAUAUAACCAUAAAUUGCAAAGUGGGGACGUAACAAACUCAUCACAGUGUUAAUUUCAUCUUGGGCAUCACCACAUUAUAAACAUAGAAGAUGACUGAAAGUUGUAAAUCUUCAAACAGAUCGUCAUCAACAUCAUCCCCGACUGAAUCGCCGGUCUUAUCAGCUAUAACCACCACCGAAGAAGAGUAUGAUGAUGAAAAGAAAUUAAAGCUGGAAGAAGAUCGUAAACCAUCAUUCAAUUACAAUUUGGAGAUUUUUAACUUGUGUAAGGAGUAUCUUAAUACCAAAAACCAUCAUGGAUUAGCCUUGAUUGCUAGGCAAAAGGGAAUACCGCCUUUCCUUAGGUUCAAGGUAUGGCCAAUUUUAUUAAAGUAUCAUCCAUUUGUAUUAAACCCUUUCAUCCAACCAGAUACUGAUAUUAUCAAAGAACCGACUGAGCUGGGCUCCCAUUCUGCUUCUGCGCCGGCAUUAUCUUCAGAUACAAAUGACGCCAUAAAACAUCAAGUGAGACGUGAUUUGGCCAAAUAUAUUCAAAGAUUGAAGUAUUCCAAUACUAAAUAUACGGUAUCUGAAUUGGAGCAUGAAAUACUAUCUACUUUAGAACAUUCAAUUAUAAAAUUCAGUCGAAAAUGGGGGAAAAUUAUCAAAUAUGAUGAAGCCUUAACCUGGAUAGCUCUUAACUUAGCUGAAUGGUUCCCUCCAAUUCCAAAAACUCCGUGGGUAUUAAUGGGAAGAGAUCAUUCUUCCCCAAACCAUUUAUUGACAGUUAACUUAUUAGACGAUUAUUCAAAUUAUAUAGACAAUAUUCCUGAGUUGAGAGAAUAUCUUGAGGAAUUAAUUUACAAGGAUGAGAGAAUCUCCCAUAUGUCAUUCCAUGAAGUUUACGAACGGUUGGUUUUAGUAUUAUUACAUUGUCCUGAACCUGCUUCCAAGAAGAAGCGCGGACAAGAACUUGCAAUGUUAAAAAAGAGCCAGUCAAACAAAGAACGAAAACACGACCAUAGUGACGAAGAUAAUUCUGAUCAGCCAAAGUUAAAUAAGACAACUUUGCCAAUUACUGGUGGGACAAUUGAAGAGCGAGUUUCGUAUUUCAUUUAUUGUUUACGAAAGUUGUUACCCGAAUUAUCGCAAUUUUUCCAAGAAGAGCAAGUGUUGACGAAAUUUGGCACAUCAGAUGAUGAAUGGAUUAUUUGGUGGCUUAAAUUUUGUGGGUCCAAAGUUUGGUCCAGAUAUGACCGGGGUAGAAUCUGGGAUUUACUUUUAGGAUGGAGAUUACAGAAUCCAAAAAAGGACUUCAAUUAUUAUUAUGAAAAAUUGAAUUAUCCAAAUAGAAACACUUUGGAGAAAUUAGGCCCCGAUAUUUUCUGGUCCUUGACCAAUGAAGAGGAAACUGAUUUCAAAGAACAAGAAGAUGAAGAGAAAACUGUGCUUAGACAAAAUUCAUUCCGAAAUUUAAUUGAAGAAUUGACUUUAUCGCAAACGGUUGUUACUAAAGCGGCUGGUUCUCCUGAUUCUACGCAUAAAACCACUUCAUCAUCAGCUUCAUCUGUCGCGCCAUCCCUUUCAAUUCCAUUUUCCAAACUUGACCCCCACAUCUCGUUGAUUUUCAUUUCAUUGGCAUUAUUAAAAUCGAGAGAAAAUAGUUUGGUUGAAUUGGAUCAACAUGAAAUAAGACAAUUUUUAUCUCGUUUGCCAUCAAAGGCAUACAAGUAUAAGCUGAAGAAGAAGAAUGGACAGCAGCAGGGUAAUUCUACCUCUUCAUCUUCAUCCAAUUCCCCAGUGGCAUACCCUAUUCAUGAUGACCGUAAUGAUAUAUCUAGCAGUAUAAUGAUUCUGAAUGACUCUGCAGAGAACCAUAAGGUUAAUUAUAUCGAUAAUAUAAUUCAGGAAGCUGGCGAAUUAUGGAGAAAAUGGCUAUGGGUAGAGAUGAUUGAUGAUAAUUGAACGUUCGUAAUGUAUAGUUUUGCAGUUUUUGUAAAUACAAUUUAUAUUUUUUUUUUUGCUUCUUUUGCAGCGAUGGCUUACUUUUGAUGCAGGAAAAAAAGUUUAGAGAUGGAUU